AUGGAACUGAAUAUUGUUGGGAGUUUAAUCUUCAUACUGGGGUCUCUACAAGGGAUCCACUGUGAUGACAUAAGGUUGGAUCAGUUACCUCCUUAGAUGAAUAGACCAGGAGAGUCUGGCAAGCUGGCCCGUGUCAUUUCUGGGUUUCAAGAGACAAGAUACAACAUGCACUGGAUACGACAGAAAGCAGGUGCAGGACUGGAGUGGAUUGGAGUUCUCUAUUCUGGUAGUACAUAUGAUCCAGACUACGCAGCAUCCCUGAAAGGACAGUUCACCCUGACUGAGGACGUCUCCAAAAGCACACAGUACUUGGAGGCCAAGAGUCUGAAAGCAGAGGACACGGCUGUUUAUUACUGUGCUCGCUGUGAUGCUUUUGACUACUGGGGAAAAGGGACCCAGGUCACCGUCACCACAGGAGUACAAAAGGCUCCGACCUCCGUGUUCGGCCUGUUGCCCUGCGGCUCCGGAAGCGGUGCUGAACUGCUCAGUCUCGGCUGUCUCGCCAGCGGCUACUUCCCGGCGGACUCGGUCACCUUCAAGUGGACGGACGCGAACGGCAAAUCGGUGUCCGACUUCCUGCAGUACCCGUCGGUGAAGAGCGGCGCCACCUACAAUGCGGUCAGUCAACUGCGGGUCAAAGCCGAGGACUGGGAGGGGAAGAAGUCCUACAAGUGUAUUGUAGAGCACCCGGCGGGUCGCCGGUUAGAAAGGGAAGUGAAGCCGCCUCCAGAAAAAUCCUACCUGGAUGUGAUUCUGAAAAAUCCGAGAGCAAAAGAGCUGUUCAAUGAAAAAAAGGCUGUGCUGGAGUGUGUUGUCACUGGGGAAAAUGAGGCAGAUGUUCAUGAUGCCACGAUUACCUGGAAGGUGAAUUCAGCAAAAAAAACAGGAACAGACCAGCAAGAACGUAAUCCACUGAGGAGGAGCAGCCUCCUGUCUAUGGGAGCAAAGGAGUGGGAAAGCGGGGCAUCUGUGGAAUGCUCUGUGAAGCAGAAAAAUGGUCCUCAUUUCAGAAAGACUGUCAAAGCCAAAACUGGAGACUUUUCGAAUGUUGAUGUCUCUAUUUUUCCACGGGAUCAAAACAUGACAAGAAGUGACAAGAAGUGGUUGCAAUUGGUCUGCCUGGUGACUGUCUCCUUUGAAAGUGACAUCUAUGUUGCGUGGAAGAAGGGUGGAGGACCAUAUGAAGAAGGCCUAACUACUGAGCCAGUGACAACUGGCAGCACUAACUCUGUCACCAGCAUCUUUACCAUCUCAAGAGAUGACUGGGACAAAGGCACACAGUUCAGUUGUGCAGCUGCACAAUCCUUCUCGAAGAGUUAUGAGAGCCCUAUCUCUAAAAGCACUUCUAAAUCACAUGUGCAAUUGCCCGAAAAAUCCUGCCUGGAUGUGACUCUUAAAAAUCCAAGAGCAAGAGACCUGUUCCUUAGCAAAACGGCCGUGCUGGAGUGUGUGAUCGCUGGGGGAAAUGUUGCAGAUGUUAAGGCAGCCAAUUUUAACUGGAUGGUGGAUGGUAAAGAAAAAUCCGGAGCAAAAGAGCAUCAAAUUGAUUCGUUGAGGAGGAGCAGUGUCCUGUCUAUCAGAGCAAAUGAGUGGGAAUCCGCAAAAUCCGUGGAAUGCUCUGUCAAGCAGAAUAACGGUGUUCGCGUCAAAAAGUCUAUCAAAGCCAAAACUGGAAACUUUCCAAAACCUGUUGUCUCCAUUCUUGUGCAAGAGGAUAAGGACAUUGCUAAGAAAUGGCUGAAGUUGGUCUGCCUGGUGACUGCCUCCUUUGAAAGUGACAUCUAUGUUGCAUGGAAGAAGGGUGAAGGACCGUAUGAAGAAGGCCUAACUGGUGAGCCAGUGACAACUGGCAGCAUCAACUCUGUCACCAGCAUCUUUACCAUCUCGAGAGAAGACUGGGACAAAGACACACAGUUCAGUUGUGCAGCUGCACAAUCCUUCUCGAAGAGUUAUGAGAGCCCUAUCUCUAAAAGCACUUCUAAAUCACAUGUGCAAUUACCCGAAAAAUCCUGCCUGGAUGUGACUCUUAAAAAUCCAAGAGCAAGAGACCUGUUCCUUAGCAAAACGGCCGUGCUGGAGUGUGUGAUCGCUGGGGGAAAUGUUACAGAUGUUGAGGCAGCCAAUUUUAACUGGACGGUGGAUGGUAAAGAAAAAUCCGGAGCAAAAGAGCAUCAAAUUGAUUCGCUGAGGAGGAGCAGUGUCCUGUCUAUCAGAGCAGAUGAGUGGGAAUCCGCAAAAUCCGUGGAAUGCUCUGUCAAGCAGAAUAACGGUGUUCGCGUCAAAAAGUCUAUCAAAGCCAAAACUGGAAACUUUCCAAAACCUGUUGUCUCCAUUCUUGUGCAAGAGGAUAAGGACAUUGCUAAGAAAUGGCUGAAGUUGGUCUGCCUGGUGACUGCCUCCUUUGAAAGUGACAUCUAUGUUGCAUGGAAGAAGGGUGAAGGACCGUAUGAAGAAGGCCUAACUGGUGAGCCAGUGACAACUGGCAGCAUCAACUCUGUCACCAGCAUCUUUACCAUCUCGAGAGAAGACUGGGACAAAGACACACAGUUCAGUUGUGCAGCUGCACAAUCCUUCUCGAAGAGUUAUGAGAGCCCUAUCUCUAAAAGCACUUCUAAAUCACAUGUGCAAUUGCCCGAAAAAUCCUGCCUGGAUGUGACUCUUAAAAAUCCAAGAGCAAGAGACCUGUUCCUUAGCAAAACGGCCGUGCUGGAGUGUGUGAUCGCUGGGGGCAAUGUUACAGAUGUUGAGGCAGCCAAUUUUAACUGGACGGUGGAUGGCAAAGAAAAAUCCGGAGCAAAAGAGCAUCAAAUUGAUUCGUUGAGGAGGAGCAGUGUCCUGUCUAUCAGAGCAGAUGAGUGGGAAUCCGCAAAAUCCGUGGAAUGCUCUGUCAAGCAGAAUAACGGUGUUCGCGUCAAAAAGUCUAUCAAAGCCAAAACUGGAAACUUUCCAAAACCUGUUGUCUCCAUUCUUGUGCAAGAGGAUAAGGACAUUGCUAAGAAAUGGCUGAAGUUGGUCUGCCUGGUGACUGCCUCCUUUGAAAGUGACAUCUAUGUUGCAUGGAAGAAGGGUGAAGGACCGUAUGAAGAAGGCCUAACUGGUGAGCCAGUGACAACUGGCAGCAUCAACUCUGUCACCAGCAUCUUUACCAUCUCGAGAGAAGACUGGGACAAAGACACACAGUUCAGUUGUGCAGCUGCACAAUCCUUCUCGAAGAGUUAUGAGAGCCCUAUCUCUAAAAGCACUUCUAAAUCACAUGUGCAAUUGCCCGAAAAAUCCUGCCUGGAUGUGACUCUUAAAAAUCCAAGAGCAAGAGACCUGUUCCUUAGCAAAACGGCCGUGCUGGAGUGUGUGAUCGCUGGGGGCAAUGUUACAGAUGUUGAGGCAGCCAAUUUUAACUGGACGGUGGAUGGCAAAGAAAAAUCCGGAGCAAAAGAGCAUCAAAUUGAUUCGUUGAGGAGGAGCAGUGUCCUGUCUAUCAGAGCAGAUGAGUGGGAAUCCGCAAAAUCCGUGGAAUGCUCUGUCAAGCAGAAUAACGGUGUUCGCGUCAAAAAGUCUAUCAAAGCCAAAACUGGAAACUUUCCAAAACCUGUUGUCUCCAUUCUUGUGCAAGAGGAUAAGGACAUUGCUAAGAAAUGGCUGAAGUUGGUCUGCCUGGUGACUGCCUCCUUUGAAAGUGACAUCUAUGUUGCAUGGAAGAAGGGUGAAGGACCGUAUGAAGAAGGCCUAACUGGUGAGCCAGUGACAACUGGCAGCAUCAACUCUGUCACCAGCAUCUUUACCAUCUCGAGAGAAGACUGGGACAAAGACACACAGUUCAGUUGUGCAGCUGCACAAUCCUUCUCGAAGAGUUAUGAGAGCCCUAUCUCUAAAAGCACUUCUAAAUCACAUGUGCAAUUGCCCGAAAAAUCCUGCCUGGAUGUGACUCUUAAAAAUCCAAGAGCAAGAGACCUGUUCCUUAGCAAAACGGCCGUGCUGGAGUGUGUGAUCGCUGGGGGCAAUGUUACAGAUGUUGAGGCAGCCAAUUUUAACUGGACGGUGGAUGGCAAAGAAAAAUCCGGAGCAAAAGAGCAUCAAAUUGAUUCGUUGAGGAGGAGCAGUGUCCUGUCUAUCAGAGCAGUUGAGUGGGAAUCCGCAAAAUCCGUGGAAUGCUCUGUCAAGCAGAAUAACGGUGUUCGCGUCAAAAAGUCUAUCAAAGCCAAAACUGGAAACUUUCCAAAACCUGUUGUCUCCAUUCUUGUGCAAGAGGAUAAGGACAUUGCUAAGAAAUGGCUGAAGUUGGUCUGCCUGGUGACUGCCUCCUUUGAAAGUGACAUCUAUGUUGCAUGGAAGAAGGGUGAAGGACCGUAUGAAGAAGGCCUAACUGGUGAGCCAGUGACAACUGGCAGCAUCAACUCUGUCACCAGCAUCUUUACCAUCUCGAGAGAAGACUGGGACAAAGACACACAGUUCAGUUGUGCAGCUGCACAAUCCUUCUCGAAGAGUUAUGAGAGCCCUAUCUCUAAAAGCACUUCUAAAUCACAUGUGCAAUUGCCCGAAAAAUCCUGCCUGGAUGUGACUCUUAAAAAUCCAAGAGCAAGAGACCUGUUCCUUAGCAAAACGGCCGUGCUGGAGUGUGUGAUCGCUGGGGGCAAUGUUACAGAUGUUGAGGCAGCCAAUUUUAACUGGACGGUGGAUGGCAAAGAAAAAUCCGGAGCAAAAGAGCAUCAAAUUGAUUCGUUGAGGAGGAGCAGUGUCCUGUCUAUCAGAGCAGAUGAGUGGGAAUCCGCAAAAUCCGUGGAAUGCUCUGUCAAGCAGAAUAACGGUGUUCGCGUCAAAAAGUCUAUCAAAGCCAAAACUGGAAACUUUCCAAAACCUGUUGUCUCCAUUCUUGUGCAAGAGGAUAAGGACAUUGCUAAGAAAUGGCUGAAGUUGGUCUGCCUGGUGACUGCCUCCUUUGAAAGUGACAUCUAUGUUGCAUGGAAGAAGGGUGAAGGACCGUAUGAAGAAGGCCUAACUGGUGAGCCAGUGACAACUGGCAGCAUCAACUCUGUCACCAGCAUCUUUACCAUCUCGAGAGAAGACUGGGACAAAGACACACAGUUCAGUUGUGCAGCUGCACAAUCCUUCUCGAAGAGUUAUGAGAGCCCUAUCUCUAAAAGCACUUCUAAAUCACAUGUGCAAUUGCCCGAAAAAUCCUGCCUGGAUGUGACUCUUAAAAAUCCAAGAGCAAGAGACCUGUUCCUUAGCAAAACGGCCGUGCUGGAGUGUGUGAUCGCUGGGGGCAAUGUUACAGAUGUUGAGGCAGCCAAUUUUAACUGGACGGUGGAUGGCAAAGAAAAAUCCGGAGCAAAAGAGCAUCAAAUUGAUUCGUUGAGGAGGAGCAGUGUCCUGUCUAUCAGAGCAGAUGAGUGGGAAUCCGCAAAAUCCGUGGAAUGCUCUGUCAAGCAGAAUAACGGUGUUCGCGUCAAAAAGUCUAUCAAAGCCAAAACUGGAAACUUUCCAAAACCUGUUGUCUCCAUUCUUGUGCAAGAGGAUAAGGACAUUGCUAAGAAAUGGCUGAAGUUGGUCUGCCUGGUGACUGCCUCCUUUGAAAGUGACAUCUAUGUUGCAUGGAAGAAGGGUGAAGGACCGUAUGAAGAAGGCCUAACUGGUGAGCCAGUGACAACUGGCAGCAUCAACUCUGUCACCAGCAUCUUUACCAUCUCGAGAGAAGACUGGGACAAAGACACACAGUUCAGUUGUGCAGCUGCACAAUCCUUCUCGAAGAGUUAUGAGAGCCCUAUCUCUAAAAGCACUUCUAAAUCACAUGUGCAAUUGCUCGAAAAAUCCUGCCUGGAUGUGACUCUUAAAAAUCCAAGAGCAAGAGACCUGUUCCUUAGCAAAAUGGCCGUGCUGGAGUGUGUGAUCGCUGGGGGAAAUGUUACAGAUGUUGAGGCAGCCAAUUUUAACUGGACGGUGGAUGGUAAAGAAAAAUCCGGAGCAAAAGAGCAUCAAAUUGAUUCGUUGAGGAGGAGCAGUGUCCUGUCUAUCAGAGCAAAUGAGUGGGAAUCCGCAAAAUCCGUGGAAUGCUCUGUCAAGCAGAAUAACGGUGUUUGCCUCAAAAAGUCUAUCAAAGCCAAAACUGGAAACUUUCCAAAACCUGUUGUCUCCAUUCUUGUGCAAGAGGAUAAGGACAUUGCUAAGAAAUGGUUGCAGUUGGUCUGCCUGGUGAAUGUCUCCUUUGAAAGUGACAUCUAUGUUGCAUGGAAGAAGGGUGAAGGACCGUAUGAAGAAGGCCUAACUGGUGAGCCAGUGAAAACUGGCAGCUUUAACUUUGUCACCAGCAUCUUUAACAUCUCAAAAGAUGACUGGGACAAUGGCACACUGUUCAGUUGUGCCACUGCACAAUCCUUCUCGAAGAGUGAUGAGAGCCCUAUUUCUAAAAGCACUUCUAAAUCACAUGUGGGACAGGAAGAGAAAUACCCCGAAGUGUGUGUGGACGAGGCCAUUCCGGACGUGAAUGAGUCCGACAGCCCGUGGUACACGGCCCUCUCCUUCAUCAUCCUCUUCCUCUUCACUUUAGUAUACGGUGCCUUUGUCAGCCUGCACCAGGUGAAGCAGUGAUUUCAACAUCAAAGUGAAGAAGAAGCGGCGCAAAUUAGCAACCAUUAGCAUUUCCAUAAAAUGUAUAUCUGAAGACCAGUCCUUGGUGUGUCCCCUCCCCCUCUGACCUUAUGCCCUGUGUUGCCGGGUAGGCUCCGGUUC